AUGAUGGAUGGGUCGGACUCGAAAGCACCCAUUCGGCUUGCGAAACGGGUGCAAUUCGGUAUUUUGAGCCCGGACGAAAUUCGGCGAAUGUCGGUUACCGAUGGGGGUGUGAAAUACACAGAAACAAUGGAAGGCAACCGCCCCAAGCUGAACGGACUGAUGGAUCCUCGACAAGGUGUGAUUGAUCGUGCAUCUCGAUGUCAAACGUGUGCCGGAAACAUGACAGAAUGUCCCGGACAUUUUGGGCACAUCGACUUGGCAAAGCCCGUUUUUCACAUAGGAUUCCUUACGAAAAGCAUAAAAAUACUUCGUUGUGUGUGCUUCUACUGUUCCAAACUGCUCGUAAAUCCCAACCAUCCGAAGAUACGCGAAAUCGUCGUGAAAUCGAAGGGUCAACCCCGCAGAAGAUUGGCGGCAGUUUACGACUUGUGUAAAGGCAAACGAAUUUGCGAAGGCGGGGAUGAAAUGGACGCGAACCAAGAAGAAGGGGACGUGGACCUGUUGAAAAAGCAAGGUCACGGUGGUUGCGGUCGGUACCAACCGAUGAUCCGUCGCACUGGACUCGAGCUGACUUGUGAAUGGAAACACGUAAACGAAGAUUCUUCCGAGAAGAAAAUACAGCUGAGCGCCGAGAGAGUGUGGGAAGUUUUCAAGAGGAUCACAGACGAAGAGUGCUACAUUUUGGGAAUGGAUCCUACGUACGCUCGUCCGGAUUGGAUGAUCACGACGGUUCUUCCUGUUCCCCCGUUGUGCGUUCGCCCUGCAGUCGUCAUGUUCGGUUCUGCCCGCAAUCAGGACGAUUUGACGCACAAGUUAUCUGACAUAAUCAAAUGCAAUAAUGAGUUGAUGCGCAACGAAACAGCCGGAGCCGCUGCGCAUAUAAUUUCGGAGAACAUCAAAAUGCUUCAGUAUCACGUGGCAACUCUGAUUGAUAACGACAUUCCUGGUCUCCCGAAAGCCAUGCAAAAGUCAGGCAGGCCUUUGAAAGCUAUCAAAUCGCGUUUAAAGGCAAAGGAAGGUCGUAUUCGUGGGAAUUUGAUGGGCAAACGUGUUGAUUUCUCUGCGCGUACCGUCAUCACGCCGGAUCCUAACUUGAGAAUCGACCAAUUGGGUGUUCCUCGUUCUAUUGCCCAAAAUUUGACCUUCCCCGAAAUCGUGACGCCCUUCAACAUUGAUGACUUGCAGAGGCUUGUGAGGCGAGGAAAUUCGCAGUACCCUGGUGCCAAGUACAUCAUUCGUGACAACGGUGAAAGAAUCGAUCUACGUUUCCACCCGAAACCGUCUGAUUUGCAUCUCGCAGUAGGAUACAAGGUUGAAAGACAUGUUCGAGACGGAGAUUUGGUUAUUUUCAACCGUCAACCCACUUUGCACAAAAUGUCUAUGAUGGGCCACAGAGUGAAAGUGCUUCCGUGGUCGACAUUUCGUAUGAAUCUUAGUUGCACGUCGCCGUACAACGCAGAUUUUGACGGAGAUGAAAUGAACAUGCACGUACCACAAUCUAUGGAAACCCGAGCCGAGAUCGAGAAUUUGCACUUGACCCCUCGGAUGAUUGUCACGCCGCAAGCCAACAAACCCGUCAUGGGUAUUGUGCAGGACACUUUGUGUGCCGUGAGAAAGAUGACGAAGCGUGACGUUUUUCUGGAGAAGGAUCAGAUGAUGGAUUUAUUGAUGCACUUGCCGAGAUGGGAUGGAAGAAUGCCGAUCCCGACGAUCAUGAAGCCAAAACCCUUGUGGACAGGAAAACAACUUUUUUCCUUGAUCAUACCUGGAAACGUGAAUGUGAUCCGUACGCACUCCACUCACCCUGACGACGAGGACGAUGGUCCGUACAAAUGGAUUUCGCCUGGAGACACGAAAGUUUUGAUUGAGCACGGAGAACUCAUCAUGGGUAUCUUGUGUAAGCGUACGCUCGGUGCUUCUGCGGGUUCAUUGCUGCACAUUUGCUGGCUCGAGCUGGGACACGAGAUUUGCGGUCAAUUCUAUUACCAGAUUCAGACCGUCGUCAACAAUUGGCUUAUGAUUGAAGGCCAUUCCAUUGGUAUCGGGGAUACUAUUGCCGAUCCGCAAACGUAUGUGGAAAUUCAGAGCACGAUUCGAAAAGCCAAGGAAGACGUGAAUGAAGUUAUUCAGAAGGCUCACAACGAUGAGUUGGAACCGACACCGGGUAACACGUUGCGUCAAACCUUCGAAAACAUGGUCAAUCGUAUUCUCAAUGAUGCCCGUGACAAAACCGGAUCGUCUGCAAAGAAAUCCCUCACGGAGUACAACAAUCUGAAAGCUAUGGUCGUUGCGGGUUCCAAAGGUUCAAACAUCAACAUCUCCCAGGUUAUCGCCUGCGUGGGUCAACAAAACGUGGAAGGCAAGCGAAUUCCAUUUGGCUUCCGGAAACGAACCCUUCCGCACUUCAUCAAAGACGACUACGGUCCGGAAUCUCGAGGUUUCGUAGAAAACUCUUACCUCGCCGGAUUGACUCCUUCGGAAUUUUAUUUCCACGCCAUGGGAGGUCGUGAAGGUCUCAUCGAUACUGCCGUGAAAACAGCUGAAACUGGUUACAUCCAGCGUCGACUCAUCAAAGCUAUGGAAAGUGUUAGUGUGGCCUAUGAUGGCACAGUUAGAAACAGUGUUUCCCAGCUCAUCCAGUUGCGAUACGGCGAGGAUGGCUUAGCUGGAGAAUACGUAGAGUUCCAGAGCUUGCCGACGAUAAAACCCUCCAACGUGGCUUUCGAGAAGAAAUUCAAGUUCGAUCCGUCGAACGAGAGAUACUUGCGAAGGGUCUACCGCGAGGAAAUUGUGAAAGAAGUCAUGAGCAGUGGCGAAAUCAUCGGAGCUCUAGAGCAAGAAUGGGAGCAACUUAACAGGGAUCGAGAAGCUUUGCGGAAGAUCUUCCCGACUGGUGAAAGCAAAGUCGUGCUGCCGUGCAAUUUCGGACGCAUGAUUUGGAAUGCUCAGAAAGUUUUCCGCAUCAACACGCGACUACAGACAGACUUGAGUCCUUUGAGAGUGAUUGUGGGUGUGCGAGAACUGUUGAAAAAGUGUACGAUCGUGCAGGGGGAAGACAAUUUGAGCGUGCAAGCGAACGAAAACGCCACGCUUUUGUUUAGGUGUCUUGUUCGGUCUACGCUGUGUUCGAGGCGAAUGGCAGACGAGUUCCGACUGAAUGCAGAAGCCUUCGAGUGGCUUCUCGGUGAAAUCGAAUCCCGUUUCGUGCAGGCGAUGGCAUCACCGGGUGAAAUGGUAGGAGCCUUGGCAGCCCAAUCCCUUGGAGAACCCGCGACACAGAUGACACUCAACACCUUUCACUUCGCCGGUGUGUCUUCCAAGAACGUGACCUUGGGUGUGCCUCGUCUCAAAGAAAUCAUCAACAUUUCCAAGCGUCCGAAGUCCCCGUCGUUGACUGUGUUUUUGACCGGAGUCGCCGCUCGUGAUGCCGAAAAAGCGAAAAAUGUGCUCUGUCGGUUAGAACACACAACGCUGCGAAAAGUGACUGCCAACACCGCAAUUUACUACGAUCCUGACCCGCAAAAUACGGUCAUUUCCGAGGAUCAGGAAUUUGUCAACGUCUACUACGAAAUGCCAGAUUUUGAUCCGACGCGUAUUUCACCCUGGCUGCUCCGAAUCGAGUUGGACAGGAAAAGGAUGACUGACAAGAAGCUGACGAUGGAGCAGAUUGCCGAGAAGAUUAACGCCGGGUUCGGAGACGAUUUAAAUUGCAUUUUCAACGACGACAAUGCUGAAAAGCUCGUAUUGCGAAUCCGGAUCAUGAAUGCGGACGAGCAGAAAUUUCAGCAGGACGAGGAGGAGGAGCAAGUGGAUAAAAUGGAAGACGACGUUUUCUUGCGCUGUAUCGAGGCGAAUAUGUUGUCAGAUAUGACGCUACAGGGCAUUGAAGCCAUCGCAAAGGUGUACAUGCACUUGCCAAUGACGGACGCGAAGAAACGGAUCGUGAUAGAAAAAUCUGGGGAGUACACGAAGAUUGCGGAAUGGUUGUUGGAAACCGAUGGAACGAGUUUGAUGAAAGUGUUGUCUGAACGCGAUGUGGACCCAGUUCGCACGUAUUCAAACGAUAUUUGCGAAAUUUUCUCCGUGCUGGGAAUCGAAGCUGUCCGGAAGUGUGUGGAGAAGGAGAUGAACAACGUACUGCAGUUUUACGGACUUUACGUCAACUAUCGUCACUUGGCCCUGCUGUGUGACGUGAUGACUGCCAAAGGUCACUUGAUGGCUAUCACUCGUCACGGGAUCAAUCGUCAGGAUACUGGGGCCUUGAUGAGAUGCUCAUUCGAAGAGACGGUCGAUGUUUUGCUGGACGCUGCAAGUUGUGCGGAAGUGGAUCCUUUAAGAGGAGUCUCCGAAAACAUCAUGAUGGGCCAGCUGGCUCAUAUUGGCACUGGUGCAUUCGACUUGUUGUUGGAUGCAGAAAAAUGCAAGUACGGUAUGGACGUUGCUCCUGCUGUUGGUGGAAUGGGAAUUGCCGGUCCCGGUAUGUUUUUUGGCGGCGGUAUUUCUCCGACCGCCACUGGUGGGAUGACUCCAGGAAUGACUCCGUUUGCUCAGGGUCAGACGCCUGGUUAUGGCAGCGUUUGGUCUCCUGGACUCGGCAGUGGAAUGACUCCUGGAGGACCAGCUUUUUCACCAUCUGGCUCGAGCGAUGCAUCCGGACUGUCCCCAGGUUAUUCACCAGCAUGGUCGCCUCAGCCUGGUAGCCCGAGCAGCCCGGGUCCAGCAAUGUCUCCGUAUGUGCCGUCACCCGCGGGUGCCUUGUCUCCGAAUUACAGCCCUAGUUCGCCUGCGUAUGCUCCAGCAAGCCCAAGCAUCACACCUUCGAGUCCUGGGUACAGUCCGAGUAGUCCAGGUUAUUCUCUGAGUAGUCCGCAUUACUCGCCGAGCAGUCCGCAAUAUUCGCCGACAAGCCCAAGCUACAGUCCAACCAGUCCAAGUUAUUCGCCGACGAGUCCGAGCUAUAGUCCGACGAGCCCGAGUUAUUCGCCAACGUCUCCGAGUUACAGUCCAACGAGUCCCAGUUACAGUCCGACCAGUCCUAGCUACAGUCCGACAAGUCCGAGUUACUCGCCUACGAGUCCGAGCUAUAGUCCUACGAGUCCGAGUUACUCACCGACGAGUCCGAGCUAUAGUCCUACGAGUCCGAGUUAUUCUCCGACUUCUCCAAGCUACAGUCCGACUAGCCCGAGUUACUCGCCGUCUGGACCGAGUUAUUCUCCAACCAGUCCAAGCUACAGUCCGACUAGCCCGAGUUACUCGCCGACUAGCCCGAGUUACUCGCCGACGAGUCCGAGGUACAGUCCGGCUAGUCCCAACUAUUCUCCGACGUCGCCGUCGUUUUCUCCGGCCAGUCCGAAAUAUUCACCGACUAGCCCUAGUUACUCGCCGACCAGCCCGAGUUACAGUCCGACUAGCCCGAGUUACUCACCGGCCAGCCCGAGUUACUCUCCAACUAGCCCGAGCUACAGUCCAGCUAGUCCGAGUUACUCGCCGACUAGCCCGAGUUACUCGCCGGCUAGUCCGAGUUACAGUCCGGCUAGUCCGAGUUACAGUCCGGCUAGUCCAAGCUACAGUCCAGCGAGUCCGAGUUACAGCCCGACUAGUCCGACUUAUGCCCCUGGCGGCGGGGCGAAAUACAGUCCGACGAGUCCGGGAUUCGCGCCGUCGACGCCUAGUUACAGUCCGUCGAGUCCGACGUUCAGUGCGACGGAAAGUGGGGAAGGGAAGAAGAAGAGGCGGAAGAAGUGA